GACAAGAAGACGACUUGCAGUUAACCCGGCGAGGUAACUUGCUCGAAGAAAUGGUGGACAUAUGGCAUUGUCAAGCAUGAAGCAGAAAGAUGAGAGAAGAAUGGAAGUUACAGAAAAAGAGGGUAAAAGGAGGGAAGAAGAAGGGUUCAUGGCGGACAAGUUAAAACGGGGCGUUUUGGUGGGGUUAAGAGGUGGCCCUUCCACUCCUCCGCCCACAUGGAGGCUUGAGCUUUCUUCUUCGUCUCACCUUCACAGUGGCGGCAAAAACGACCACGUUCGAGAAUUCGUCGACUUUCCCCCCUCUACUAUUUCUGCCAGAAAGCUCUGUGCGAACCUCUGGGAACUUCAACCCCAACACCUUCAGAUUCAGGCCCCACUUCCCAGUAUGACCAAACCGGCCACCAGAAUCCGCCGCCGCCGCCGCCGCCGCCGUCAUAAGAACGAGAAUCCACAGAGGCCCACUGAUCAGCCAGCUUCUCCGAGUAGCUUGACUAGGCAUGUUGCGACUUUGCCUGUUCAGAGCCACAGAUCAGUUGACAGAGAUGGCUGUGUUUUGGAGCCUUUGUCGCCUGCAAGUCACAGUGGCUCCCUGGAAGUAAGCAUUUAUUGUUUGUGA